CUCAUCAUGGCUUCAUUACCGCCUUCUCUCUCCUCUCUCCUCUUUCUCACCAUAGUUUUGGUUGCCAUGAUUUCCAUUUCACUCGCACGUACCACAUCAGGACAAACUGUUGAUGAUCAUCAGGAUCAACUGAUGAAAACUGGUAUCAAAAUUCCUCUCAAUAACAUCGAUUCGCAUGGGAGGUUCACCGAAUUUGAGCGUUUACAUCGCGCAAUGAAUCGCGGGAGCUCCAGGCUCCAAAAGUUCGGUGAAAUGGUGACAUCGAAAAAUCCAAAUAUCACGUCCACGGUUCAUCCAGGAAACAAUGAGUUCCUUAUGAGCUUAUCUAUAGGGACCCCGCCGAAACCCUACUACGCUGUAAUGGACACAAGUAGCGACCUUAUAUGGAUUCAAUGCAAGCCUUGCCCGCAGUGUUUUCCUCCUCAGCCCACGCAGCCGUAUAAUCCGCAGAACUCCUCCUCUUUUUCAACCCUGUCGUGCACUAGCACCCUUUGCAAAGCCGUAGAAGGAAGUUGCGAGAACGGGUGCCUGAUUUUCUACUACUAUUUCGGAAGUGGUUCUUUGAUCCAAGGCUCUUUAGACGCCGAGACCUUUACUUUCGACAAGGUCUCGGUGCCAAACAUAGGGUUCGGUUGCAUGGAAGGCGUCGUGGCGGGAAAUCAGCUGAACCAACCCGCUGGCGUGGUGGGCCUUGGGCGCGGGCCUCUGUCGCUCGUCUCCCAGUUGGCCGACCCUAUGUUCUCGUACUGCUUGACUUCUAUCAAUGGGACUAAACCUAGUACCCUCUUGAUGGGCUCCCAAGCAAGUGUGAACUUCUCAAGUGGUGGUGUCAAAACCACCCCUCUGAUUCAAAACCCAGUGAUACCCACCUUUUACUAUGUUGCUCUUCAAGGAAUCACAGUUGGUAGCGUCAAGUUGGCCAUAAACGAAACAACUUUUGCUCUCAACGCUAACGGGACCGGAGGCGUAAUCAUAGAUUCCGGCACUUCGAUGACAUAUUUGGUGGAGAGUGCUUUUACUCUUGUCAAAAAUGAGUUCAUCUCUCAACUAAAGCUUCCGGUACUACAAAAUUCCAAUUCCACCGGGCCCGAUCUGUGCUUCAAAAUGCCGUCCGGUUCCUCAAGUGUGCAGGUACCCUCGUUGGUAUUCCAUUUUAAAGAUGCAGAUUUAGAUUUCCCGAGGGAAAACUACAUUAUUGCAGAUUCAAGAACGGGGGUGAUAUGUUUGGCCAUGGGAAUUAGUUCAAGCGACAUCUCCAUAAUUGGGAAUAUACAGCAGCAGAACUUCUUGGUGGUGUAUGACUUGCGGAAAGAAACCUUAUCAUUUAUGCCGACGGAAUGCGAUAAGUUUUGAGCUCUUAUGUUAGUUGAUCUUGAUAUUACGGCAAAAUCCUCGAAUCUACAUUUUACUGUGUCAAUUUGCAGAAAAAUUUGUAACAUUAGUCUUGAAUUCAUAAAUUUUGUACAACAAUUCAGAAUCAUGUUCCGACAAAUGUUAUGCAUUCCUAUCCAGAAUAGUUUAAUUAUUUCAAAGUGAUUCGAGGAUGUGCAUAUCGUACAACCAAAGGGUCUGUAUUGUAAUAUUUCUCUGUUAUCAUCCUGUUUUUUUGUUUUUGUGUUUUUGUUCAAUCGAUAGAAGAGAUUAUUUUACA